CAAGAAGUCCAUGUGUUAUAUGUCUGUCUAGCCAAGCAGGGGUGUUUGAUAUAUUUGCACAACCUACCUAGCUGACAUGUAAGAGCGUAAUCUAACGACCAACACGCCCCCACAUUAAGGUCUUAUUUGACAUUAGUCUGGCCUGUUUGCGGUUGUUACGACAAAUAGGAGUCAGAGUUCAGGCCAUCUCUCUUUGGCUAGCCCGCAUAUCGCUGUUAAUAGAUGACUGUCUAUCUCACACUCACCUGUGUGAACUGGCUCGCAUAUCAGGGGCGGCUUAGCCUGUCACCUAAAGUUGACCUGCUCUUUUGAGGCAUUUGUAUAGUAACCAGCUUAGAGGCAGGUUAAAACACAGUCCUUAAAUAUAUACGUGUGUACAUAUAUUUUGUUGAUAUAGGCGAACUGACAUAGAUCAUGACAGUUAACAAUUUCUACUCUGAUGGAUUAAUUUUUCUUCUCAGACCAUAAAUUUUUACUGAUUUGGACUAUUAUUCAUUUAAUGAAACAUUUAAUUAUUUUCGAUAGAUAUAAAAAAAAAGUAAGCAACAAUUUUCACAAGUUGUUGACGGCGUCAGUUUUUCUAACACUCCUACGUACUCACAAAUACAACAAAUCUUCUUUAUUGCUCUGUAAACCUAUAAUACCAAUUCUAUAUCCAACGUAAUUCCAUAAUUACUGAUUAAAUUGCGCUCUGUUACCUAAAUUAUUUAUGAUCACGGAGUGUGAACUACAAGAGUAAAGGUUAUCUCCAACAAACUAAGUUGUGUAAUUAUUGAUUAUUUCCCUUGUUCACUCAUUAAUUUAUUUAUUGGAUUAAUUUUGAAACUGGCGGAGUUCACAGGUUAUAUGCUAUGUAUUUACAUUCACCAAUUACUACAAUUACUUCAACUGAUAGUAGUAGUACGUCUACCAUCACUACAAACACAAAUACCACUAGUAGUUUGACAGUGACAUCUAAUCCUAUUGACCCAUCGAAAUUGGAUAUAAUGAACACAAUGAGUAAUCCAGCAUGUUGUAUACCGUCAAAUAACAUUAUUCAACCACCUCCGAUUAUACCUAAUCAUGGAUUAACUAGUCUGCUUUCAAAUGUAGCCUCAAAUCUAUCUGCACAUCAAAAUCAUCAGAACAACUUUUUAAAACCAUCUCUUGUUCCUACUGGACGAACAUCAAAUGCUCAACUGCUACAAUUGUUAAGAAAUGUUACCUCUUCUUUACCAUCAUCUACUGUUUCACACCCAAUAUCUCCAAGGAAUACAAGAAAUACACCUGUAUUAUGUGACAAUAAUCAUACCUUGUCUGAUUCCACAUCUCAAGUACCUACAAUAUCAACAGCGUCGUCGACUACAAUUCCAGCUACGGAUUAUUUAUCUUGUAAUAAUGAUCAAACACUUACUUUGAAUUCACAGUCCAAUAGGACGUCUUUAAAUCUUUCAACUAUGAAUGGUCCCAGUCUACUACCGGAUUUUGAGACGUUACUAGCCAAUUCAAAUCCGAAUAUGAGUGAUUUUAUUUAUUGUUUAGUUCAAUCAAUUCUAUUCAGUCAUGCAAAUACUAGACAAAAAGUUAAAUCCAAGAAAGAAACACCUCCAUUGGAUUCAGCUGCCUUACUGUCUCUUCUUUCUGGGACAGGAAAUUUAAACCCUUCUAGUUGUUCCACUAGUUCACUCACAAAUCCUUUAAAUCCUCUUAGCACUUUAGCUUCUGAAAUAGAUGGUGCCAAUUGCAAUAUUCAUUUACGUCAAGUUUUGGAGUCGUUAAUCAGUCUAUCAGUUUCUCCUGCAUUUGAUCAGUCUUCUGCCCAUAGUUUAUUGUCUAACGAUAUGCUUGACAGUGGAUCAUUAAACCAAACCUUUCAACAGUUAACUAAUUUAUCUAAUCGUAAAGCAACAACUGGAAUCCAGAAAGUGUCACCUUCUGGUCAAAUUUUAUCCAAUGAAAGUAGUAACAGUACAAAUCCUCCAGGCAAUGUUUCAUUUGAUCUUCUUGCACAACUGUCUGCUGCUGCUGCGGCUGCUGCCGUAACUCCUCCGCCUUCCAAUAUUGUGAACCAGCUUGGAAAUUUGGCUACUGAUGGAUUCAAUCCGAUCUUCCCAACUGAUGAAAAUUUAUCAUCUGCUUUGCAGAGUCUUUUGUUUAAACAAAUGUUGAAUGUUAAUACAGGAUCAAAUGCUUAUACAUCUCACCUUGGACCGGGAAGGAAUUUCAUACCUAAUAUUUCUCAAUCUGCACAAUAUACUGGUCUAAGGGAUUGUCGGUCGAUGAGCAACGAUGAAUCUAAUUGUAGUUCAGAAAAGUUGAUUCCACCAACCUAUUCACUAGCUUCAAGUUUUUUAUCUCUUCACUCUCCAAAUAGUACUAAUAACUGUAGUAAUAACAAUAAUCCUCGUAAUUCAUUUGUCCGACCAUCUUCAAGGAUAUCACCUGAACCUAUUACAUUGGCUUCUAGCCCACCCUCUUCAUCAUCUACACCAUCCUUCAUUUGUCCCAAUCAGUCUAAUCCUCCUACUGGAGAAUUUUAUCCUCCAAAUGAAACUGUGGCAUCGUCACCUAAUUCUUUACUUUUAAAUGGUUGUACUCCUGUUGGUACAUCACCUAACACUGGUUUGAAUAUGAAUCAAACAGCUGUAAAUUUAUCGAGUGACAACCAAUCAUGGGAACCAUGUAAAGUUUGUGGCGAUAAAGCUUCAGGACGACAUUACGGCGUUGUAUCAUGUGAAGGAUGUAAAGGAUUUUUCAAACGUUCUAUUCGAGGACACGUUAGCUACGUAUGUCGCAGUGAACAAAAUUGUCUUGUAAAUAAAGCCUAUCGUAAUCGUUGCCAAUAUUGUCGGCUACAAAAAUGUUUAGCUGUUGGCAUGCGUUCAGAAGCUGUGCAAAAUGAACGUAGACCUACCAAUACAUUUGCUUUGAAUUUUUUAAACGAUAAUUCAGGUAAUUCAAAUUGUACAACUACUGGUGGCAGUAGUAAUAUGAAUAAUGGCGGUUCACCUAAUCCUAGUAUAUCUAAUGCAUCUAUUACUUCUACGACGACGACAACAACAACAACGGCAACAGUAACAACAACAACCACUACUUCUGCUAAUAAUGGUAAUAAUAGUCAUACUUCAACAUUUGGACCAUCAGUUCCAAACGUUCGUAAUAGUUCACCACAGUCUCAACAAAUACCAUGUAAAAUUGAACCGAACUCAGAAGAAUUGGAAGACGACCGUAAUAAUCAUUCGGAAUUUACAACACGGAAAUCUGACGAGGGCCAAUUGUCAUCUCAUAGUUCUCCAUCCGGUUCUUCUCGGUCAGUGCCAUUAACGUCGUCAGGGGCGACAACAGUGGGACUGUUAUCAUCAUCAUCGGGGUUAACAUCAGGAGUCGUUGGAUCAAAGCAUUUAGAUGAUAAUCACUUCACAGGAAUCAGUAAAAACUCUGCUUUAAGUGAUAUUUCUUCUUCAUCAUCGUCAUCUUCCUAUUCAGCUACAGUAGCCGAUGUUGAAACCAAUGAUCCCAAUAAUACAUCCUACUUACAACACGAUAUUAAGCCUCCUGUAAUACAAACUUCAUUAGGAUUAAAAUUUACACCAGGUUUGUGUAGCUCACCCCAAGCUACAUCACAUUCCCUUCAGCAACCUCCUGCUGUUUGUUUAUCCACUUCAGCGUCAUCUUUGGCUCGUCAACGUUCAUUAACUUCAGUGAGUAGUAGUAGUAGUGUUAAUAACAAUAGUACAGCUUAUGCUAGUGCAUUACCCGCAUACAGUAAUGUGUUAGAGGGUUGUCAUACAACUAGUCAUCUGGAUCCAGACUGUGGAAUCGCCAAUUUCAGCCGUUGUAUGAAUCGAAACACUCUUCUUAGUUCACAGCUUUUCGAUAUACCUGACAAUAAGAGAGGUGCAACACAAGAAUCUUAUUCGCGGAGAACGACUUCUUUCUCAAACACGCCAAGUUCGUCUUCAACAUCUGUGUCAAAUCAUCAGGAUCCUUUGCCACUUUUUGAUGAUACAGGUGGAUUAAAUUUGAAUGAGUUAACUAAGUUAGCUUUGAAUAAUAUAAAUUCCUUGCAAUCAUCGUCAUCAUCAAAUCAACAAGGACGUAGUUUAGCCGCGUUAUACACUUACUGGUUAGCUGCCGCAGCAGCAGCUGGAUCUUUAAAUCCUUUACAUCAUCGGCACAAUGAAAAUCAUAAUCAUCACCACCAACAACAGAAUCACUCGGUGCAUUUGUCCACUUCAAAUCAAAAUUUCAAUCCACUUGAUAUGAAAACUUCACUAUCAUCAUUGAAAACAGCACAAUCUUCAACUGUGACCACUACAUCAGCAAUAAUUGGCUCAAAUCAAAAUUCUACAUCACAAUUUAGUAUGAAAACAAAUCCAAAUAGUUUAUUUGGACAACAUUGUAAUUUAGAAAAUCAGCUACUUAUUAAUGGUUUAAAUCAUUCGUCUAAAUCAUCAUUAUUAUCUAGCGCAAGCAAUCAUUCAGAUGCUUUAAAUGUGUUGAUGUCGAUUAUGUUAAAUUCAUCGGAUCAUGUUGGACUGAAUAAUUUCAAUGCUUUGACAGAUGCAGUUAAUUCAACCACAGCACAUUUACAAAAAGCACCAAUCAAUCAUUCUCACCAGCAACAUCCCUUUAUGCUUCAACAUCAUUCUCAUCAGCAUCAAUUACAGAUGGGUUCUUCAAAUUCUCACCACUCAUCCACUUCACCGAAUACACUUGAAAUACCUAUUCCUUCCACGUCAUCUUCAUGCUUAUCAGCCUCGCUAUUUGGUCUCAAUAACACCAUAUCAAAUAUGAAUAAUAAUAAUAAUACCAAUACUAUUGGUAAUGAUAAUGUUACGAUGCAUUCUGCUGCUAACAAUAAUUCGCCAUUCAUACCAGCACCUCCACCAAUCAAGUCAACAAAUUUAAUACAACUAUUGUGCAAACGUACUUCAAAUAGUCAGACAAGUACUUUAACGGAUACUGACGAUAAAUCUAAGAGUGGUUCUUGCAGUAGUAUGGUUGCUACUACUACUAAUGUUAGAGGAAGACGAAGUAGUAAUAGUAGCACUGCUAACAAUAUGGAAGAGAAUACACACGAGUCUGGUGAACUAAUCAAUAGUUAUCGAGAUGUAAACGGUCAUUUACUACCGAAAAAGUUUGAGCUUACUUCAUCAUCAGAUGUAACAGCAUUACGAUCAGAAAAUGAAUUAUUAAAUCCAUCUCCGAAGAAAGAGGAAACCAAUUGGUCAAGAAGUCGUAAGCGUAAAAUGCAUUACUCGUUUCCUUCCGAUGUUAAUAAUAAUAAUAAUGCCAGAUCAAUCCGUCGACGAACACAAAGUAGUAAUUCAUUGCAACCUGACACAAAUAAUCCUAUUGGAUUAACUGAUACACGAGAAACAUGUGAAGAUGAUGAUGAAAGUCGACUAAUGGAAUGUGUUUCUGAAUGUACUAAAUCUUCAGAUGAUUCUAGACCUAAUAGUCCUUUGGUUGGGCCAGUUUUAUUGAAUUCAAUGUUUGAUUUAAAUGCACAUGUUUUCAAAGCGUAUCAAGAUAAUAAUAACAAUCGAUCUCUUAGUAUAUCAAGUGAACUAGCUUCACGAGUUCUAUUUCUUACUGUGGAUUGGUUACGUCGUUUCGAUGGCUUGAAGCGUCUACCAAUUGGAGUUCAACGUGAUUUAGUGGCUAUUUCCUGGUCUGACCUUUUUGUGCUUGGAUUAUGUCAAGCAGCUGACCAAAUUAAUCGUUCUCAGAAUCAUAGGCCAAAUCAAGAAUCAAACGACUCGCAACCAACAAAUAGCUUAUGUGCACAAAACGACAUUAAUUCUACAAGAGUUAAACAAAUCUCAGGAGAACAACAAACAAAUUCUCCUUGUAGUAUUGCACCAACUAAUUCAUUUAAAUCCAAUAAUUUUGAUUCAUCAUCAUCUUCACAUAUUUCAUCUAUCAAAGAACCAAUGGAUACUUCGUACUUAAAGACAAAUUCAUCAUCUUCGGCUGUGAUAGAACUAGUGGAACAGCUGAUGAAACAAUUCUCAGGAGCUGAAGUUGACACACAUGAAUAUACUUAUCUUAGAUGUAUGGUUAUACUUAGCUCCGGUCGUUUAUGCAUUAAUGCAAGAGAUGCCAGUUUAGCUAAACAAAUUACUGAAAUGGAAUCACGUGUAUUAAGCGAAUUUUCUGAAUUCUUGUCUACACGUGCAGCAUCCUCUACAACUACUGGUACUGGUUCUCUUUCAUCGAAAAGAACAAAACCUAUUAUUAAAAGAGUUCUUAUAUUGACACAAUUAUUAUCUACACUGCGCUACUUAGAUCCAAAAGAUUUAGAAGAAGCAUUUUUCUCAAAUUUACUUGGUUCUGUAUCGAUUGCUCAGAUCCUCCCAUACUUACUGGAAUCAAAUGACCUAUUUACUCAAAGUCAAUUAGUAAUGAAUUCAUGCCUGCCGGAUAAUUCUCUGGAUUAUAAGCCCGGUUUAAAUCAUGUCAAACAUCCUAACAAACAAGCUUCGAGGUCUAGUUUGGAAGAUAGUGUGACAAAUUUUACCGGGGAUUCUCUCCCUAACAACAUGACGGAGAAAACUGAUAAUCCUUCCUCUUCGUUGUUAAUUCGCCCUGACCAGACGUCUCCACAGAGCAGAUCAGCUUCUUGUGAGAUUACAGUCACGAACAUUGAACUAAACAAUCAAAACACAGAACCAGUAAAUAGUAUAUCAUUUGCGAACGACGAAACUAAUGACUUGGCCUAGGAACCAGUGUUAGGAUACAUAAUAUUUAAUCAUAGAUGAAAUAAUUUCCCUCCUAUAACGUCUUUCUUAUCAAACCGCAUCAAAUUUGAAAGGACUGAGAAGAUAAAGCGCCUUCUUGCUUUCAGCGCCAUUCCGUUCAAAAGAUUACUGCUUAUUAAGUUCUAUGCUGAAAACAAAUAUUUGAAGUGGUUUUACAUGACAUAAAAAUAGAUAAUUAUAAUACUUAACAAAAUAUGCACUAGCGAUUAUUUGUGCCGGUAUAAAAUGGGUGGUUUCAACGUUUAUCUUCUUCUCAAGAUCUUUUCAUUCAGUAAUUAUAAAAAAGACGAAAUUUGUACAUUUUUCUAAAUUCUUUACUUACAGACAGAAUGAGGGUUGUAGUUACUAAUUUACACUUUCCAAUUUAUACACAUUAUACAUUCAGUCUUAAAUGAUAUACAGCUACCUCAUCUCUCUGUACACCAGGUUUAAUACGUAUUCGUUAUUCUUGUUUCGUGUUGUUGAUGAUGCAAAACAUACAAAUUAGAAGAUCCUCUUAAUCAUUCCUAUAAUUUACCCAUAUAUAUAUACUCACCUAUAAAUAUGUAUACAUGAGCCUACUUUUUACAGCUUUUAAUUUUUUGUCCCGUUUAAUGAUUUCAGAUUAUUUAUAUCGUAAACAAAAAUUAUAAAUUUGGCAAACUUUUUUAUUAUCUAUACAUUUGUUGUCUUGCUUAAAUAAUUUUACUAUCUACUGAUAAUGAUUUAAACUGUUAUGAUUUCAAACUACUGAUAUGAUUUCUAUUCACUCGACUAUUGUGUAUUAAUUGGACAUUGAGAGUAAAGACAAUAAUGAUAAUUGUUAUUGACGGACGAAGAGCGCCAUCUCUUGAUUUUGUGAUUUGAAUCUAACUCAACUAAUUUAUUUAUGGGUGAACAAAUAUUACAUAAAUACACUAAUGAGUGGAUCAGGAACUCGGGGUACUCUUAUACUUCGGUUGCUUCCACCUUUUACUAUUUUCUUUGCCUACAAAAAUCCAUAAUGUAUUUAACUAAUGUUGUGUGAUAUCUUGAAUAUGGAAUUAACAUCUUACUUCUCUUCCUAUCUUGUUUUUGUUUUGUGCCUGUACUCCAAAUGUAGAUGUGUUAAUAACCGUGAUUUAAAUAUUAAAAUAAUAUUGUAAGUCUA